AUGCAUUCAAUUGUUCGAUUAUCAGCCGUCUGGGCUGCCGCAUUUCUAUCUCUGACAGCGGCCCAAUCAUAUACAAGUUGUGACCCAACAGAAAAAACGACCUGCUCUGAAGACGAGGGAACAACGAGCUCAGAUAUCUCUUACGACUUUACCCAAAGCGCGGAUCUAGAAAAAUGGACGACGACCGCUGGAACAGUCACGGCGAGCGAGAGUGGUGCAGAAUUUACCAUCAGCGAAGAAGGAGAUGCUCCAACAAUUGAGACAGACUACUACAUAUUCUUCGGAGAGGUUUCAAUUACUAUGCAAGGUGCUCCCGGAACUGGUAUUGUCAGCUCUGCUAUUUUAGAAUCAGAUGACCUUGACGAGAUUGACUGGGUAAGUCAAAAGUUUCCUCAUCACACUCGAUGUAAAGUUCCUCGGCGGACAGUACUGACAUUGCGGUUCACUACACAGGAGAUUCUCGGAGCCUACAGCUCUAAGCUCCAGACAGAUUAUUAUGGAAAGGGAGACAGUGGAUCCUACGACCGCUGGACUUGGGUGGAUGCUACGGACCCUCUGUCCACGUUCCAUACUUACAAAUGGGUCUGGACUGAGACCGAGAUGACCUGGGCAAUCGACGGUUCCGUUGUCCGAACUGUGACAUACGAUGAAGCCGUUCACGAUGGCGAGUCACGAUACCCACAAACCCCGAUGAGAGUACGACUUGGAAUCUGGGCAGGCGGUUCCAGUAGCAGUUCAGGCACUGUCGAGUGGGCUGGAGGUGAGACCGACUACGCCGAUGGCCCAUUCACCAUGUAUGUCAAGUCGGUCUCCAUUGUGAACUACAACCCAGCCGAAUACUAUAAAUAUACGGACGAGUCAGGAUCGAUGGAUAGUAUCGAGAUAAUUGGGGGUACCGGCACAAGUGGUGAUGCUUCUUCCACUGGAUACUAUCUCUCGUCGACAGGUUCGAGUUCUGGAUCACACACGGCCCCAGCUUCGGUUGCCGCUGCUUCUGGUACUUUAUGGCGCUCUCACCCAUCCCUCGGUACACAAACUGCCACUCCGACUUUGGCUGUUGGAGGUGUUAGCUUCCUGUCUUUAAUUGCCAUCUUAAUGGUGAUGAUCCUUCUUUGA